AUGGCAAACCUUUAUUUUGCGCACUCUAGUGCGCCCCUCAAGACGAUCCAGGAGAUACAGUUUGGUGUCAUGUCUCCUGAGGAGAUCAAGAAUAUGAGUGUGGCGCACAUUCAGUACCCCGAGACCAUGGACGAGACCAGAACGAAGCCACGGCAAGAGGGCCUCAACGAUCCUCGCCUCGGCUCUGUCGACAGGCAGUUCAAGUGCAAGACCUGCACUGAGAGCAUGUCUGAGUGCCCUGGUCACUUCGGCCACAUCGAGCUGGCCACGCCUGUCUUCCACCCUGGUUUCCUGAAGAAGACCAAGAAGAUCCUUGAGAUCGUCUGCCAUAGUUGCAGCAAGGUGUUGGCUGAUAGGAGUGACCCCGAAUUUGCGGCCGCCGUCUCGACACGAGACCCGAAAGCUCGAUUCGCCCGGGUCUGGGAGGUGUGCAAGAAGAAGAAGCGCUGCGAGAACGAGGUCUCCAAGAAGGACGAGGAGUUUGACCCGGAGAACAAGAACAAGCCCCCACCCCCUAACCACGGCGGGUGCGGCAACGCCCAGCCCGCAGUCCGGCAACAGGCACUGCAGCUUCAGCAGCAUUUCCAGCACGACAACGAGGAGGGUGGUGGCAAGACCAUCGAGAAGAAGCAGUUGCCGCCGAAGAUGGUGCAUGACAUCUUCCGACGAAUCUCUGAUGCUGAUCUCGAGGACAUGGGGCUGAACAAGGACUAUGCACGUCCUGAAUGGCUGAUCGUCACAGUACUUCCGGUGCCACCUCCCCCUGUCCGACCAUCGAUCAGCAUGGACGGCACCGGCCAGGGUCUUCGGAACGAGGACGAUCUGACCUACAAGCUCGGUGACAUUAUCCGUGCCAACGGCAACGUCAAGCAGGCGCUGUCCGAGGGCUCCCCAGCGCACAUUUUAAACGACUUCGAGCAGCUCUUGCAGUACCACGUCGCCACGUACAUGGACAACGACAUUGCUGGCACGCCGCGCGCAUUGCAGAAGAGUGGCCGACCCGUGAAGGCAAUCCGUGCUCGUCUCAAGGGCAAGGAGGGUCGUCUCCGAGGCAAUCUGAUGGGCAAGCGUGUGGACUUUUCUGCACGCACUGUCAUCACGGGUGACGCAAACAUCUCUCUGGACCAAGUUGGCGUACCUCGAAGCAUCGCGAGAACUCUGACCUACCCGGAGACUGUCACUCCCUAUAAUAUCCACCGUCUGCAUCAGCUUGUUGAGAACGGGCCGAACGAGCAUCCAGGUGCCAAGUACGUCAUUCGCUCCGACGGCACCAGGAUCGAUCUUCGCCAUCACAAACGCGCAAGUCAGAUCACUCUGGAGUACGGUUGGAAGGUUGAACGUCAUCUCAUCGAUGGUGACUACAUCAUCUUCAACCGUCAGCCCUCGCUUCACAAAGAGUCCAUGAUGGGCCACCGCGUCAAGGUGAUGCCCUACUCCACGUUCCGGCUGAAUCUUUCCGUCACCUCUCCAUACAACGCCGACUUUGAUGGCGACGAGAUGAACCUUCACGUUCCCCAGACCGAGGAGACUCGUGCUGAGGUUCAGAACCUGUGCUUGGUCCCCCUCAACAUCGUCUCGCCGCAACGUAACUCCCCACUGAUGGGGAUUGUCCAGGACACUUUGGCAGGCGCCUACAAGCUCUGCCGUCGUGAUGUGUUUCUCACCAGGGAGGAAGUCAUGAAUGUUAUGCUCUGGGUUGAGGACUGGGAUGGUGUCAUCCCGACUCCGGCCAUACUUCAUCCAUCUCCCCGUUGGACUGGCAAGCAGAUCAUCAGCAUGGUCAUUCCUAAAGAGGUCAGCCUGCAGCAAGGUGGCAGCGAACUCCCCAUCGAUGACAGUGGAAUCAGGAUCCACAAUGGCGAUCUUGUGUACGGUCUACUGACCAAGAAGAUUGUGGGUGCUGCGGCUGGCGGCAUCAUUCACAUCACCUACAACGAGCUAGGGCCACACGCAGCAAUGGGUUUCCUCAACGCCUGUCAGCGUGUUGUGAACUACUGGCUUUUGCACAACGGCCACAGCAUCGGGAUCGGUGAUACUAUCCCUGACAAGGAUACUAUAAUCAAGAUCCAGCAGGACAUUGACGGCCAGAAGAAGAUCGUCGCGGAGAUCGUGACCGAGGCCACCGAAAACAAGCUCGAGCCACUUCCCGGAAUGAGUAUCCGAGAAACUUUUGAGAGCAAGGUAUCCAAGGAGUUGAACGCCGCCCGUGACAAGGCUGGUACGACGACGGAGAAGAGUUUGAAGGAUUUGAACAACGCUGUGACCAUGUCUCGAUCCGGCUCCAAGGGUUCUUCCAUCAACAUCUCCCAAAUGACUGCUCUCGUUGGCCAACAGGUCGUCGAGGGAAAGAGAAUUCCCUUUGGGUUCAAGUACCGAACGCUGCCUCACUUUACUAAGGACGACUACUCACCCGAGGCCCGUGGCUUCGUCGAGAACUCCUACUUGCGUGGUUUGACGCCCACUGAGUUCUUCUUCCACGCCAUGGCUGGUCGUGAGGGUUUGAUCGAUACCGCUGUCAAGACCGCUGAAACCGGUUAUAUCCAGCGCCGACUGGUCAAGGCGCUCGAGGAUGUCACCGCCAAGUACGAUGGCACUGUUCGAAACUCGCUGAAUGAUAUUAUACAGUUCAUCUACGGCGAAGAUGGUCUCGAUGGCAUGCACAUCGAAAAACAGAAGGUCGACUUCCUCACCAUCUCCGACAAGGACUUCGAGAAGCGCUACAAACUCGAUCUCGUCGAGGACUCCAACACCUUGACCAACGCUCUCGAGUACGGCAGUCAUCUUGCGAGCAACAUCGAAGAACAGCAGCUGCUCGAUGCCGAGUACGAACGCCUCUCGACGGCCCGCCGGGCGGUUCGCCAAAUAAUGUUGUCACGGGGCAAGGACGAGACUAUGAUGCAGCUUCCUCUGAACAUCAUACGGUUGAUCGACAGCACAAUAUCCUUCUUCAAGGUCGACCCCACCAAGCGAAGUGAUAUGAAGCCUUCGGAUGUGAUCCCGGCCGUCGAUGCGUUCAUGAGGCGCAUGGUGGUCGUCCCAGGUCAAGAUCCGAUUUCCAAGGAGGCUGAUGAGAGCGCGACGAUCCUCUUCAAGGCCCACCUGCGCUCGCGACUGGCCUUCAGGCGUCUCGCAGUGCAGCUUCGGCUUCCUCGCAUAGCCUUUGACCACAUUCUUGGGGAGCUGGAGAACCGCUGGUCAAGGUCAAUGGUCAACCCUGGAGAAAUGGUGGGGGUUCUCGCGGCGCAGUCCAUCGGAGAGCCAGCUACGCAGAUGACACUCAACACAUUCCACUUUACUGGUGUUGCCUCCAAGAAUGUCACUCUUGGUGUGCCUCGGCUCAAGGAGAUUCUUAACGUCGCCAGUGACAUCAAGACUCCUUCGAUGCAGGUUUUCCUUGAAGGCGACGAUUCAUCACAGGACGCGGCGAAGACUUUGCGAAGUCUUACUGAGCACACGAACCUGAGGUCGGUCACGGCAAUGACUGAGAUUUUCUAUGACCCGGACGUUCGAGAGACCAUUAUUCCCGAGGAUAUGGACAUGAUUGAGGCGUAUUUCCUUCUUGAGGCCCCACAAACCGAGGACCUUGAUCGUCAGACUCGCUGGGUGCUUCGAAUCACUCUGGACCGGCAGAAGAUGCUCGACAAGGAAUUGCGGGUUGAGGACGUCGCCCAGCGGCUCAAAGACGAGUAUUCCGAUGAUCUGGCUGUCAUCUUCAACGAUGACAACGACGACGAGCAAAUCAUCCGCGUCCGCUCGAUCCGUGAUAAAGCCGACGCCGACGACGAUGAUAUGGAGGAAGACGUCAUGCUCAAGCGACUUGAAACUCAUUUGUUGGACAAACUCACCAUUCGGGGCGUGCCCGGCAUCGAACGGGCAUUCAUCAACAAGAAUGCUCGUCUGAUAGAGAUGCCGGAUGGCUCGCUCAAGGCCAAGCAGGGCGAUGCUGACUGCGAGGAAUCUUAUCUCGACACCACUGGUACGGCACUACGCCAGGUCCUUGCCGUCGAGGGCGUCGACACGAGACGGACCACCACCAACCAGCUGCAUCAGAUCAUUGAUGUGUUCGGUAUCGAGGCGGCGCGAUCUGCUCUGCUGUCUGAGCUGACGAAUGUGCUGGCAUUUGAUGGUUCCUACGUCAACCACCGCCAUCUCGCUCUCCUGGUCGACGUCAUGACGUACCGCGGCAGCAUUGCUGCGGUCACCCGCCACGGCAUCAACCGCGCCGACACUGGUGCGCUCAUGCGCUGCUCCUUUGAGGAGACGGUCGAGAUUCUUCUGGAGGCUGCGGCCACAGGCGAGCUGGACGACUGCCGCGGUAUCUCUGAAAACGUGAUGCUGGGCCAGUUGGCCCCGAUGGGGACAGGCCACUUUGAAGUGCAGCUUGACCCCAAGAUGCUGGAGACGGUCAUUUCGGACAACUCGCGCAUGGGCCUCAUGCCCGGCAUGACCGUCAAGGGCAGCCCGAUGGAAGGCGCGGCGACACCUUACGACACCGGCUCUCCCAUGGCAGACACGGGUGGCUUCUUGGGUAUCAUGUCCCCGGCGCCAGGCAACUUCUCACCCAUCAUCGGCGCAGGGUCCGAGACACCGGCCGGCUUUGGCACUGAGUAUGGUGGUGGGUUCGGCAUGGGUGGGGGUGGGUUCUCGGCCACCAGCCCACGUGCCACGAGCCCAUUUGCCCCGACGUCGCCGACGUCCCCGUACGGAAACCAGGGCGCGGGAUACUCUCCAUCAUCUCCCAUGGGCGCAUACUCGCCCAGCUCACCGAUGAUUGAUGCAGGCUCUCGCCUCGGUGGCUCGUCGCCAACCUUCAGCCCUGGCUCGCCAUCAUACUCGCAGACAUCGCCCUUGAUGCGGCCCACUAGCCCAGCCAGUCCAAACUACAGCCCGACCUCGCCGAGCUACUCGCCGACAUCUCCAUCUGCACCAAAGUACUCACCUACGUCACCGGCUGGAAACUACGGGGGCUCGCCGACUUCUCCCUCGUACUCGCCAGCCAGUCCGAACUACAGCCCAAGCUCGCCAAACGUCCACGCCACAUCCCCUCGGUACUCCCCCGCGUCUCCGACAUGGUCUCCGACAUCUCCUGACGCAUACUCGCCCACGAGUCCGACCUACCAACGGUCACCCGGGCAGAAUGUGUCCCCGACCAGCCCGAGCUAUUCACCAACUUCGCCUCAGUACAAUGCACCGACGCCUGGACGAGAUGCUGGCGGCCAGGACCAAUACUCACCAACCUCGCCCACCAACGACUAG